CUGUGCCUGGUUUGGUAAAAUGGGCUACAACCCUGACGUAGCAAAAAGUGGGAGAUUUUUAAGUUUUCUGAACAAUUCCGUGAAAUUCGUGAUGAAGAAGGUGAUAAGAACACAUUGGCAUCAUUUGCAACUCGUGCAGUUGUAAGAAGAAGUGGCCAGCACAAUUCGAAAAUCGUCCGUGGCAACGAGGGUAAACGGAAGCCUCCGGACUGAGUAGUGCGAUAACGACGACGGCGGCGGUGGCUGAACCUCCGCCUUCAUCCGUCUCUUUUAGGGCCAGCAAAAAUCGAUCUACGGCGAUGGUGGAGUCGCGAAAAGAUGAAGUGGCCGACAAACAACCGAGCCGCCAGCGGAGGCAGCUGCUGUUAACUCUGCGAUUCGUCUCCGUCCGCUGAUCUGGUUGUGUCUCUGGAAAUCUGGUGUGUCCGUGCUUGCGUGUGUUGGGAGAAAAUCAAUUUCAUCGAUAAGAAAGGAGACCUCCCCCCCUCCCCUGGCGAACAGAGGACAUCCUGGAACUGUUGUCGCGAGCGGAGAAUAAUGCCAUUUCGGGUUGUUGUCGUCCUCGGUCACCAUCUUCAUUAAACCCCAAAAAGAGCGACCGCAUAACGAGUUGCGUGCCGUGUUUCUGUGUCUGUGUCUCUGUGCGUGUGCAAGUACGUGUGCAGACGUUGGUGGAAGCGAAAAUUGAAAAUUGUCGGUCGGAAUCGCAACUCCGAGCAAAAUCCGAUCAAAAACCGACCAACCGACGCCGAGGAGAUGGGCAGUUUAGGUGUCUUUCGACAGCAGCACCUCUUCCAGGGCGGCGACGACGAGGUGCGAUUUUAAAGGUGCAGCUGCAGUUCGCUCGUCUGGGGUAGGGUGCUGCGUGAAAGCGCAGAGAGCCGUCCGGUGGUGCUUUUGUGUACAUCGCGUUGGCUGUGCGAAGCAAGGCCUACUAUGCGUUUAGUGGAAAGUGUGUUUGCGAGUGUGUGCUGUGUGUGAGCGAAGAGUCUCGCCUACUGGAGUAGAAGGGCCCAGAACAGCAUAGGGCUGUUGGUGUGCGAGCGAGUGUACAACGGAAGGGUGUGGUAGUAGUAUCCUGUCUGAGACGAGUAGCAGCAACAGAACCCAUAACAUCAUCCAGCCCAACGCAAACGAGUAACUGAGCCAAGAUGACCAGCAGCAGCAGCAGCAGCAGCAGCAGCAGUAGUAGAAGCAGCAGUAGACGACAGUUGUCAAGUGAAGUUCUUCGGUGCUUCGGACAGCUUCUCACCAACGUUGGGGAAGCACCUUACUGAGCAUCACCUUCCCUCACCACGUUCGAUCGAUACGGAGACGAAGAGGCGGGUAGAAGAAGGACAGUGAAGACGUGUUUCGGUAUUCGACCCUGUGUGGAACCACCGAUAACAGGUGUGCAGUGUCUAGCUGUCCCUCGUAGGGAAGUUUACCAUCAAUCGCAGCAACCAACCCAAGCGCGGCACGUUCAAACGGGCGCUAUCCCGAUCGACGGGGCAUCAUGGUGUUAUCUUAGAACAGUAUUGACUGAUAACACGCCCCGGAACUGCAGCCGGCCGGCGGCCGUUUGGUAGGCAGCGAAACGAAGGGAGAAAAGAAAGUCUAGAAGACAUCGACCCGCGUAAUCAGUGGAAGGUAGUCCGUAGUCGACUCCGUCUUUUUGGUUCGAUUUUGUGAUUGUUGUCCUUCAGUCCGUCGUCCCGCGACACGUCUCGUCACGUCACGAUGAGUCAAAAGACAUCGGGAGAGACAGCAGUAGGUGGCGUAGGAGGAGUUCGAAGUAAGUCAGGUACAAUAAAGGGGACGACGAGUACGACGGCCACGACUUCGCCCACCGCCAGUCAGAAACCGUCCAUCGAAGCAUCGACAACAGCAUCAGCAGGAACAGUGGCCGCACCAGCAUCGAACGCUAGUAGUGGUCAAUCAGUGAUUAGCAGUGCAGAUGGCGUUCGUCCGAAGGGAUCACUCUCCUCGGUACGUGCGCUUAACUUUGACGAUCCAGAGCUCGCUGUGGCCACACUUCCCGGGGGACGUAAAACGGGUGCUCCGAAGGUGCACUCCAGUACCAGCACCGCAGCAGCAGCAGCCGCAGUAGUAGUUUCCGCCUCUAAGCCACCCCAAUCCACUCCGAAGCAUCAUCCGGUAGAGGAGUUAAAGAUGGCCCCGCAAACGUCUCUUCCGGCGGCGCUUCAUGGGCCCGCUAGUCCAAACAAGAGCAGCACAUCGAAGAAGAACGUCGUGCCGCAUCAGACUUCGCUGAAGCACGAGGCACGAGGCGACAGUGCACAGAGCGUUGGUGCGAAACCGACGCUUCUAAAGUCAUCCUCUGUACCGGCACCACCGAGUCCGAACGGUGCCGGGAAACAACAUACACACCCGGCGGCACCACCGGUAUCCCCACAGCCACUGGGCGUUAGUCUGAUAGCACCUGUGAUAACGACGGCCGCCGCUUCACCGACGGCAUGCUCUCCAGCCACAUCGCUGACCGGUUCGUCGCUGGCGUCGA